AUGAAGUUUUUCAUUGAUGACCUCCCCGUUCUCUUCCCGUACCCUCGUAUAUAUCCCGAGCAAUAUGCCUACAUGUGCGACCUCAAAAAGACCCUCGAUGCUGGGGGUCGUGCCGUUCUGGAGAUGCCUUCGGGUACCGGAAAGACCGUUUCCUUGUUGUCAUUGAUUGUUGCCUACCAGCUACACUAUCCGGAGCAUAGGAAGCUCAUCUAUUGCUCUCGUACGAUGUCGGAAAUCGAAAAGGCUUUGGCAGAGUUGAAGGCGUUAAUGAAAUUUCGUUCUCAACAAAUUGGAGAGAAGAGUGGCACAGUGGUCGAUGCGAGGUGUCGGAGCUUAACAGCGGGAUUUGUCAAAGAAAAGAAAGAGAAAGGCGAAGAUGUUGAGCUUUGCAUCUACCACGAGAAUCUUGAUCUUCUCGAACCCCACAACCUCGUGCCUCCCGGUGUCUUCACACUCGACGGGCUACUCAAAUACGGCGAAGAGCACAAGCAAUGUCCCUAUUUCUCAGCACGACGAAUGAUGCCCUUUUGUAACGUUAUAAUUUACUCAUACCACUAUCUCCUCGACCCAAAGAUUGCGGAGAGAGUAUCAAAGGAAUUUUCGAAAGACUGCAUAGUGGUUUUUGAUGAAGCUCACAACAUUGACAACGUCUGCAUCGAAUCCCUCAGUAUCGAUAUAACAGAAGAUUCUUUGCGCAAGGCUACGAGGGGGGCAAGCAAUUUGGAACGCAAAAUAAGCGAAAUGAAAAGCUCCGAUGCGGAGAAACUUCAAAAUGAGUAUUCGAAGCUUGUUGAGGGGUUAAAGGAGGCAGAACAAGCGCGAGAAGAGGAUCAAUUCAUUUCAAACCCCGUCCUGCCAGAUGAUCUGCUCAAGGAAGCUGUUCCAGGGAACAUACGUCGAGCGGAACACUUUAUCUCCUUUCUCAAAAGAUUCAUCGAAUACCUCAAGACUCGAAUGAAGGUCACCCAUACCAUAUCCGAAACACCUCCCUCGUUCCUUACUCACGUUAAAGACCUGACCUACAUCGAGCGGAAACCACUUCGAUUUUGUGCUGAACGCCUAACGUCCCUCGUACGGACCCUAGAACUUAUUAACAUAGAAGAUUAUCAACCACUUCAGGAAGUAGCAACGUUUGCAACUCUAGUCUCAACUUAUGACAAAGGCUUUCUCCUGAUCCUAGAACCGUUCGAGUCUGAGGCGGCCACUGUGCCGAAUCCCAUAUUGCAUUUUACCUGUCUAGAUGCUGCCAUUGCCAUCAAGCCCGUGUUCGAUCGUUUUAGCUCGGUCAUCAUUACUUCUGGAACCUUAUCUCCCCUUGAGAUGUACCCGAAAAUGCUUGGAUUCACCGCCGUUAUGCAGGAAUCAUACAGUAUGACACUGGCGCGUCGGUCUUUCUUACCUAUGAUUGUUACUCGUGGAUCGGAUCAGGCGCAAAUCUCUUCGUCGUUCCAGAUUCGCAAUGACCCAGGCGUCGUUCGGAAUUAUGGCAAUAUCGUCCUCGAAUUUUCCCGCAUUACGCCCGACGGAAUUGUCGUCUUUUUCCCCUCAUAUCUAUACAUGGAGUCUAUCAUCAGCAUGUGGCAAGGCAUGGGUAUUCUAGACUCGAUAUGGAAUUAUAAAUUAAUUCUUGUUGAAACUCCUGACGCGCAGGAGUCGUCACUCGCAUUAGAGACGUAUCGAACAGCAUGCUGCAAUGGGCGAGGCGCCAUUCUAUUUUGUGUGGCACGAGGGAAAGUCUCCGAAGGUAUCGAUUUCGAUCACCACUACGGACGUGCCGUGUUGUGUAUCGGGGUUCCGUUCCAGUACACAGAAUCCCGCAUAUUGAAGGCUCGUCUCGAAUUCCUUCGAGAGAAUUACCGCAUCAGAGAAAACGAUUUUCUGUCUUUUGACGCUAUGAGGCAUGCCGCUCAGUGUCUGGGCCGUGUCCUUCGCGGUAAAGACGACUACGGCGUCAUGGUUCUCGCCGAUAGGCGAUUCCAGAAAAAGCGAACGCAACUCCCCAAAUGGAUCAGUCAGGCGAUGCUAGAAAGUGAGACCAAUCUCAGCACAGACAUGGCCGUCGCCACAGCGAAGAAUUUCCUACGUACCAUGGCCCAGCCUUUCAAGGCGAAAGACCAGGAAGGGAUUUCAACUUGGAGCUUAGCUGACUUAGAAAAACAUCGAGAAAAGCAAAAGCUGGAGGAAGAACGGGUACGGCGAGAAACACUCGCCAAUGAACAUAUGGCGAACGGUGUUCGCAACGGUGUGGCCGCUGGUGCGGACGAAUUUGAUGAUAACAUUGAUGAAGACCUCAUGAUGCUAGAUGCAGAGGGAGCAUAA